UUCUUAAUUCAUAGAAACCAAUUUUGUUAGGUUUGCGACAUUCUUAAUAUAAUUGUUUCUUAGAGUUAGAGAAAGGUUCCAAAGCAUAAGUCAAGUUGCUUGUCUAGCUUGAAUCGCCGGCACCGCAAAUCGCUGUCAUGGGUGCAACAGCAACAGCAACGCACUGUGACAUGGCCGUCACGCCGUCAACCCCUCUCCUCUCCUUCCUCCAACGCCUCCAACAAACGGCGUUCGAAACCCUCGGCGCCGCUUCCGACUUCGAUCCCAAGACCUACGUGGACCUGCCUCUCAACUUCUCCCUCUCCGACACCCAAAGCGCCUUCCAGAACCUUCCGAGGAGCGCCAACGGCUCCGUCCCCGUCCAGAGCCUCAAGCGCUUUCUACAAGCGUUCUUCGGAGGCGCAGGGGACGAUCUCCUGUACCUGGACCCACCGGAUUUCGUCCCCGACCCCGUGGGCUUCUUGCCCAAGGUGAAGCACCCCCUCGUCAGGGCCUGGGCCUUGCAGCUCCAUUCGCUCUGGAAAAACUUGACGCGCCAAAUAUCCCCUGCGGUGCAGGCGCACCCGCACUUGCAUACGCUGCUCCCUCUCCCUGCUUCUCUUGUCAUUCCCGGCUCGCGUUUUCGCGAGGUUUAUUACUGGGAUUCCUAUUGGGUAAUUAGGGGCCUGCUGGCCAGUAAAAUGCACCACACUGCUACGGCCAUUGUCACCAAUCUCAUUUCCUUGAUAGAGGAAUAUGGCUUUGUUCUUAAUGGGGCUAGAGCAUACUACACUAACAGGAGCCAGCCUCCCCUUUUAAGCGCUAUGAUUUAUGAGAUAUACGGUAGCACGGGUGACAUGCAAUUGGUUAAAAGAUCUCUACCUGCACUAUUGAAAGAGUAUGAAUUUUGGAAUUCAGAUAUACAUAAAGUGACCGUUUUGGAUGCUCAAGGUUGCACUCACAUCUUAAAUCGUUAUAAUGCGAUGUGGGACAAACCCAGGCCAGAAUCAUCCAUAAUGGACGAGGCAUCUGCUUCCAAUUUCUCGAGUGUUUCAGAAAAACAACAGUUUUACCGUGAUGUGGCAUCAGCUGCUGAAUCAGGAUGGGAUUUCAGCACCAGAUGGAUGAGAAACCCGCCUAAUUUCACAACAAUGGCUACAACAUCUGUGGUACCUGUUGACUUGAAUGCAUUUCUACUCGGGAUGGAGCUCAAUAUUGCCUUCUUUGCAAAAGUUACUGGAGAUAAUAGCAAUGCUGAGCGUUUCCUGGAAAUUUCUGAUCAUAGAAAAAAGGCAAUGAACUCUGUUUUCUGGAAUGCAAACAAGAAACAAUGGCUUGAUUACUGGCUCAGCAAUAAAUGUGAGGAUGUUCAUGUUUGGGAAAGCGGGCACCAGAAUCAAAAUGUAUUUGCUUCCAAUUUUGUUCCCUUGUGGAUGAAGCCAUUUUACUCAGAUACUUCACUUGUGGGUAGUGUUGUUGAAAGUCUCAAAACUUCUGGCCUGAUCCGUGCUGCUGGAUUUGCAACUUCUUUAACUGAUUCAGGACAACAGUGGGACUUUCCGAAUGGGUGGGCUCCACUUCAACAUAUGCUAGUGGAAGGCCUGCUAAAAUCAGGGUUGAAAGAAGCUAGGUCAUUGGCUGAGGAAAUUGCCAUCAGAUGGAUCACAACCAACUAUAUUGUUUACAAGAAAACAGGUGUAAUGCAUGAAAAGUAUAACGUAGAGCGUUGUGGAGAAUUUGGAGGUGGGGGCGAAUAUGUACCCCAGACUGGUUUUGGCUGGUCAAAUGGAGUUGUCUUGGCAUUCUUGGAGGAGUUUGGAUGGCCUGAAGAUCGGAACAUAGAAUGCUGAUGUGCUCAGAAAUUGGAAGGUAGAAAAAAUUUGGUACUCAUGAAAGCUAUUUGCAUGAGGAGUUGAAGAAAACCAGUUAUAAUAAAUGCGCGAAAAAGUCUCUUGUUAAAGCAAUAAAACAGAGAUGAAGUUGAGAAUCUUGAGAUUAUUUGCCAUUUCCAAUAUUUGAUGUUUCCUUAUAAAUAUAUGUUUAGAAUAUUUAUAAAAAGUGAUGGAUGACAUCCGUCACAUAUCAAUGCUUUGGCACAAAUUGUUGCACAUUUGCGAAUUCUUUCCAUCAAAGAUUCCUGUGUAAUGACAUCAAUUGGACCAUUUGAUGUAAGUUGCUUAAUAUUAUUCAUAAAAUAACACUGGUGUCUGACGGCAUUAAACA